AUGCACGCUUCUUCGCCCUGCUGCAUGAAUUCAUCCAAUUCACUAGGGUCAUCUAAAGUUGUAAUUUCACGCAUCGGUGUCCUUUGCGAACGGAUCGGUCGACAGUUAGAAGGCGAAGAACCUUCGAAAUUAUACUGUCCGAGAAUGCAAGCAGGAGGUAUCGGAGCUGUAGCAGUAGCUACCACUGAUGUUGCCGCAUCGUUUGCACUGGUGGAUGUCGUGCCACUCGCAGUUGUUGAAAGAGGUAAAGAAUUCUGGACAGCACAUCGGUCUGGUGACGUAGUUGGCAGAGACGGAGAAGAUGAUGCAUUUAUAGUAACAGGUACUGGAGCCUAG